AUGAGCUUGUCGAAGGAACGCAAAAGUUUAGACUUGGAUGAAGAGAAUGAGUCAUCGUCGACGAAUUACUUGCGUUCUCAAUGGACCGUUUGUGUGAAAUCGGUCAAAAUGUUGAAGAAAGUGACUGUUAUUAUGAGAAGUGCCGAGAGAGUUGAUCGAGUUUUCGGAUCUGCUUGGCUCCAAUCGGAGAAAUAUAUGACUAAAAUCUAUGCGAAUGAUACGAAUGUCCCAAAAGGAGCCACUCUUCAUCCCCACUUCUACCAUUUCAACCCACCAAUCACUAAUAUGGGAAAAUACACGUCUCAACUCAUCGGUCGUGCUCUUCGUAAUCGUGGAAUCGAACCAACUGUCAUCUUCUGUUCUCCAACUCUACGAACUCUUCAAACUGCAGCGGCCAUCGCGAAAUCGACUGGGGCAAGAAUUCUCGUUGAACCGGGACUCUUGGAGCCAAUCGAAUGGUAUCGUAAAGCUGGUGCCAAGCAAUUACCAGAUUUUCUCGACGAUGUUUUCGAUUUCCCUCAAGUUGACAAAACAUACAAGCCAAUCUUCACAAUGCAUGAAUUCAGCAGCAUGUUCGAGGCGAAGAGUCAGGAUCAGUGCAUUCAACGUAUCAUGCUUGUCGUCAAAAAUAUUUGUGUGAUUCAACGUGAUACUCCAGCUUUGAUUGUCGGUCAUGCUGUUACUAUGGAUGUGGCAUCUCGUAUCGGACAACAUGGUGACACGUUGAGCGUUGAACAAAUGGAAGAUUUGACGUCCUAUGAAGAUUCCACGUACCCAUCCGAUCCGAGUGAACAAGCAGCAAAAUUGGAAAUGGGAGUUCGUUACCCGCCAUCGAGUGUGAUGGGAUUAGUUCGUAGCAAUGAUUCUCCGCCACAUGUUCUCAAGACUGUGCCUGACUUGAUUCCACCACUUUCGAUGGGACCGUUUACUAAUAGAAUUCUGCAUUGA